AUGGCAUAUAACAUUGAUGAAGUGAACCAGAACAUAGCAGCUAUCUUUGGUGAAGAUUAUGUACAGAGUCAUGGCCUUUCGAGACCUUCUACAUCUUCGAGUUACCAGGCUGCGCAACCCAUGCAAAUCCAGCACGUAGCUGACGAUGAUGCGGAUGGAGAUGGAGAACUUAGCUCUGAUAAUGAGUCGCGCGAUACCAGUGAUUAUCACGGACAGAUGAACAGUGUUAAUUUUGAAAAGUGGGCCACUGGUAUGUUAAUCCCUAAUCUACCGCAAAACAGCGUUGUUGUGAUGGACAACGCGCCGUAUCACAGUGUGCAAGAAAAUAAAGUCCCAACAAAGUCCAGCACCAAACCUAUAAUGUUAGAAUGGCUAACAAAGAAUAAUGUGGAAGCUUCAAUCAGGAUGAGAAAAGAUGAGCUCUUCCAUUUGGUUCAGUUACAUAAACCAAUAGAAAAAUCAUUUAAAAUCGAUGAAUUCAUCAGGAGUCAUGGCCAUGUCGUAGUAAGACUACCACCGUACAUGUGCGACCUCAAUCCGAUUGAGUUGGCUUGGGCAAAAGUGAAAAGAAUAGUACGGCAUCACAAUGUUACUUCAGAUUUAUCCCUAAAAAGGUUAAAAGAAGUUACGGAGCUGGCGAUUUCUCAGGUUACAGAGGAAGAUUGGCGUGGCUUCGAUGAUCACGUCAUAAUUUUAGAAGAAAAUUAUUGGCAAAGAGAUGGAUUAAUUGAAGAUACCAUAGAUCGAUUCGUCAUUGAGAUCAGCGACGGCGAGGAUAGUGACACCGAUUCAACCAUAUCUGCCAUUUCUGAAUCUGAUUAA